GCGUCUGUUCCGUUGGCGGCGUCCAUCAGCGUCGUGUUUAGUCGUUUCGAUAGUUACUUCGAUAUUUUAGCCCCGCACUUUGCUCUAACUGGCGCAAUCUCCCACGUAGUAGCAUCAAGAUGACUAUGCGAACAUUCGGCGACAAGCCGACUGCCUUCCAGUUGGAAGAAGAUGGCGAAUUCUACUAUAUUGGGUCCGAGGUGGGGAACUACCUUCGCAUGUUUCGUGGAUCACUUUACAAGAAAUACCCGUCCCUGUGGCGACGUUUGGUCACCGUCGAUGAACGAAAGAAGAUCGCCUCAUUAGGCUUGGGCCCUCACAGUCUCGCGACGAGCAUCAGCCUUCUUAGGGCCACUGAGGUGGACGAAAUCUUUGAUGGCAAAGACGACAAGUAUCGUGCCGUUUCUGUGAGCACGGAGCCGCCGGUUCCCAGUGGACCGACGGGGUUUGUUCUUAAAACACAAUCUAUGAAACAUAUCAACAGCUUGAUUGGUGCCCCUCACACAAACAGGAGGCAGCAAGCUAAGUUUUCAGUUAAAUUGGAUGCUAAUUCACAUACACCAGAGAAGGAAACAAAAUCCAAGCGUGGCUCCACGUGGAUGCCAACUCUGCCAAACAGUUCACACCACCUAGACGCUGUUCCCUGCUCCACUCCUGUCAAUCGGAAUAGAAUAGCGCAUAAGAAGAUACGCACAUUUCCACUCUUGUAUGAUGACUUGGACCCGGCAACACUGCAUGAGAAUUCUGCGCAGCCUGAGGUGCUUGUUCCCAUACGACUCGACAUGGAAAUCGAGGGCCACAAACUCCGUGACACAUUCACGUGGAACAAAAAUGAGACCCAGAUUACUCCGGAGCAGUUUGCCGAAAUCCUCUGUGAUGACUUGGACCUCCCUCCGCUCUCUUUUGUGCCAGCCAUUUCUCAGUCAAUUCGCCAACAAAUUGACGCGUUUCCGACGGACAACCUGCUGGAUGAUCAGACUGACCAGCGGGUCAUCAUCAAGCUGAACAUUCACGUGGGCAACAUCUCGCUUGUCGACCAGUUUGAAUGGGACAUGUCCGAGAAGGAGAACAGCCCGGAGGGGUUUGCACUCAAGCUGUGCUCAGAGUUGGGCUUAGGCGGAGAGUUUGUCACCGCCAUUGCCUACAGCAUCCGCGGUCAACUCUCGUGGCACCAGCGCACAUAUGCCUUCAGUGAGGCACCACUGCCGACUGUUGAGCUUCCAUUCCGUACUCAGACUGAGGCCGACCAAUGGUGCCCGUUCCUGGAGACUCUUACGGACGCAGAGAUGGAAAAGAAGAUUCGGGACCAAGACAGGAAUACUCGGCGCAUGAGAAGACUUGCCAAUACUGCACCAACCUGGUGAUACGGAGCGGUGCAUCGAGAAAGUCAUCAUCAUCAUCCACCGAAUCUUUACACCCAUUGUGUAC